AUGAGAGAUUAUCCUUCAAUGCCAAAUGUGUUUCGGGUGGCUUCCACCCAAAACAUUAAUCAAUUGGCCUUAAAUGGCAGUAAAGAUAAUCCCUAUAACAAUAAUAAUACUGUUCGAUCAGUUAAUCAUUUUAACAACGAGAAUCAGCGAGAUAUGCAACAACAAUUGGGAAUGCAUCAAUUAAUGAAUAUCGGAACAAUUGAACGAAAUCAAUCAUCCCAGCCAGUUCAAGCCCAGCAGCAGCCAGGAGUUAUCAAUACAAUUACUGGAAGUAUUCCAGCAACUGGACUCUCACCUUCAAUGGCGGGCAAUUUCAAUCAUCUGCGACUGAAUAAUCUUGAAUAUCAGAAAAAAAGUAAAAGCAACACAAAUGACCAUCAAAAGCGGCUCGAUAUCACACCUGAGCAGAGCGGUGGAUCACCAAAUGCUAAUGGCGGCUGGACUGGCUUGACAUACACUAGUCGAGGUUAUCUAUGGCUUCUUACACCUGUUGCAGCCAGCAUUUCCAUGGCCAUUGUUAUCGCUGCCUUGGCUGGUCCGCAGUGGCUUUUUACCGAAGAGAAAUUAACCAAUUUCAACUACAAUGGUACAGCCAAUUUGCAUGCAUUGGAUGAUGGUGUCUAUAUUACGAAAUAUACAAAAUCCAGUCUCUGGAUUAUAUGCACAACAUUGCCAGGCCUCGACAUCGAUACGUAUAAUUGUAUAAAAAUCGAUUAUUUCCCCAAGGAAGGUUAUCAGGCGGAUACUCAGGACUCUACGCCUGCAAUAACUUACGCUGUAACCAAGUCUUGUCCAAUAUUUCUGGCUGCUGGUAUAUUAUUGCUCAUCAGUUUUAUUGUUUUUCUAAUACCAACAUGUUCGCAUCAGAAUAAUCUAUAUUAUUUUGCGGCUGGUAUACUAUUUAUUAUAAGCGGACUCAUUAUGCUUAUUGGACUAGUUGCCUACAUAUCUGUUCUUAAAUCUGAAAUAGGUUCUAAAUUACGACCACGUUCCAGCUUACAGCCGGCUCUAUUUAAAGUCACUUAUGGCCAGAGUUUUUUUCUAUUUGUCUUUGGUUUCAUAGCCACAGAAUUCGUUGGUGUUCUAAAUAUAUUUCUGUAUAUUAAUUUGCAAGAGAUUAGCUAUUACAGUAGUCUACCUUGCUUUAGUGCCACGACUAAUGUACAGGCGAAAAUCAAUGAGGGACGACAUCCUUUGACUGAAUCAUAUAGACGAUUUAAGCAACCAGCAGCAGCGACUACAGCAAAUGCAUCUAAUCAUAAUGGACUGAGAACUGCUGUGACUCGUAAUUGUCGGAUAACAGAUCAAAGGGUAUCCGUCCAUCCACCAAUCGUGGCACAACGUCCAUCUGCAAUGCGUAAUGGAAGUAAUGCCCGAAUGCAUCAGAUUCAUGACAUUAACGAAGGACGUUUCAAUCAGACCCUUCCGGGUGCCUAUUCAUGUCGCAAACAUCUCAAUGGCAAGACUGGCAAUUAUGGUGAUGGAAAUUUCGAUAUCUAUUUGCACAAUGAUUUCGAUCGACAGAUCUGUGAUGACAUUUUACUGCUUAGUUUCUAUUUCGAAAAGCCAGCUGUGUCCAAGUGUAAUUUGCAUUCUCGCAGCUUUGCCAAAUCACUGAAUGAACUCUGCACCGAUCAUCUGUCAUCUCAAGAUGUAUUUGCUGUUCCUCCACCACCGCCAACAUUUGCUGACUUGCCGCAGGAGUUUCCAUUGACACGAUCAGUGUCCACUACUACAGACAUUUUUACAUCUACUCAUCCAUCGAAUAACGCUAAGGAAAAUAAUCUAAUGCACGAGCAGGAGCAAUCGCGUUUUAGUAGUCUAAAACGUGGUUUGAUCAAGACCAAAGAUGAGCUAUUCCAGGAGAUAUGUCGGCAAACAGGUGUACGUAGUAAGCGCAAGGAUAUUGCAGGACAUCUCGUCGAGAAACCGAAUCAGAAAAAUACUCAAGCCAAGGAUCAGGUGAAUCAAGUCUAUGAUGUCGACCAGGAUCAUGAUGAUGAGCAUGGCUUUAAAAACUUUCGCAUAGCUAACAGUGUCAAUACUCUGGAUGAGGAUCAGCUUUAUGUUGUGGGUGAUCACGUUGAAUUGAUUAUGCCACGACGCUCCUCCAUGAAUGUCGAUGCCCAGUUCGCUCCUGUUGCAGUCCAAUCGAUGCGAAGACUUCAUUCGAAUUUAUCCUUGCAUUCGUCGCAAGCCACACAAGCCGAGGCAGCCUGGCCACAAGUUCGUUUUACACCCACCACGGAAAUGCGCAACAGUUGCACAUUGCCUCGCUGCUUCUUACGCCGAUCGGCCAUUGGAAGCCAGGAUAGUCUCGGAUCGCUCCAAAGUAAUGGUCAGCAGACCAACAGACUCUCACAAUUGAAGCUGGCGGCAAAUCAACAAAAUCAAUACCUUUCCACAUUGACCCUACCACAGACGGGAGAGUCAUCAGUCCAAUGGCCAGCCACCAUAUCAUCAUCGUCACCGGCCAAACCCUUCCAGGCGAAUCGCCAAUAUCCACAGCAUCCACAGCAUCCACAGCAUCCACAGCCCAUGUAUACGGCAAGUGCAAAUGUAGCCAGUUCCAGUUCCAGUUCCAAUGGCAACCAUCAACAUAACAUUAAUAAUAGUAGUAAUCAAAAAUUUAAAAGAGCCUACGCUUUCGAUGAUAAUCAACGGCAAUGUGGCUCAAGUGCUGAGGCCUUCGACCUGGAUGAAAUUGAACGGGAACGUCGCCGAUCACAUGCCAGUCUCUUUGGUUUGACUCAGAACUUGGCUCGCGGGGAAUACGAUCUCUUCAAUGGUACAGCCGUUUAAUUUAGCCAAAAUGAAUUCAAUAUCACUGCCAAAAUAUAGUUCAAAUAAAUCAAUCAAUCUUCAUGCUAACAUAUUCGUAAAUUAAGAUACAAUUCAUAAUAAAUACAUAUACUUACUAGCAUAUACAUAUCUAGCAACUACAACUACAGUCGAUUCUCGUUAAUUCAAACCUGCGAUAAUUCGAACCUCUC